AUGUAUUACGCACAACAAAGCUUCACUACCACCGUACCAGUCUACACAGCUCUGCCUAGCAUCCGUGUGUCCGCUCCCACUUACCAAACACCACCUCAACAAAAUUACCGCCCACCACCAUAUAACCCACCUCAGAAUUACCAAAAUCAACUACCACCCCCAGCGUACAAUGCUCCACGUCCUGCCUUCGAGAGGAGGCCAGUAAGAGAAUUCACUACACUCUUCGAGCCUAAGGCUCGGCUCUUCGAGUGGUUAUUGGCCGUCGGCUUGAUCCAGAAGGUCCCCCAAAAACCAGCACAGCUGGGAAAUAGAUUUUAUAAGGCUGAUCAGACUUGUGCCUAUCACUCAGGAGGAUAUGGGCAUAGCACAAAAGACUGCAUAAAUCUCAAGCACAAAAUCCAGGAUCUGAUCGACAAAAGGAAAAUCAUUUUGGAGACCGUAACACCCAAUGUGAACACAAACUCGUUGCCUAACCAUGGAAACAAUAGAGUCCACAUGAUUGAGAGGAAUAAAGACUGGGAAGCUUGCAGAGUAUUGGUCCUUAAAGCAGUCGAGUCCCUGGAACAAAUAGUAGCCUCCCUCAUACUCCAAGAGCACCCUAAUUUUAAGGUUUUGAUCCCAGCGCUAGGACCCACGAAAGCUAUAUUAAGGUUUAGUACCUUCAUCCCAGCACCCGUGGUAGCAGAGGCUACACAGCAAAUUGCACUCAGACCCAAAGAGCCAAUCAUUGUACAAGCAGCCAUGGCUCAAGGCAUGACUCGCUCGGGGAGAUGUUACACUCCUGAAGAGUUAGCACAGAAUGCUACAUGGAAAGAAAACACCCAAAAGAGGGCAAUGACUGAAGGAGAAGCGGAAGAUUUCUGGCAGCGCAUGCAACCAAAAAACUACUCUAUCGUUGAGCAUCUAAAGAAGACAUCGGCGCAAAUAUCGGUGUUGUCAUUACUAGCUAGCUCCCCAAAACACAAGCAGGCUCUCAUGAAAGUGUUAGAUAAUGCAUACGUACCAGCUGGUACGAGCAGUGAAGACUUGGUUGGGUUGGUGGCCCACAUCAUCAGAGAACACAAAAUCUGCUUCUCAAAAGAGGAUUUGCCAGUAAAAGAAACCUCUCACAACAGAGCUCUUAAUAUCACCAUGGAGUGCGGUGGCAAGGCAAUAAGGAGAGUGCUUAUGGAUAAUGGAUCGGGUCUCAAUAUCUUCCCUAUCACUACAUUAACACAACUCGGCUAUGACAUGACCAAAAUACUCUAG